AUGACUUCCACUUACCUCUUGAUGUGUUACCAGCUGUGACAGAGGCGCUUGACUCCAAGACUAAAGGGGAAGAUUUGCACAAGGAGAGCAGACCUUUCUGCUACUGUGAAAAGAAAACUAUGGACCUGUCAGACAGCGACCGUCCUGUCAGCUUUAGCUCCACUUCCUCCUCUGCUUCCUCCAGGGACAGCCACUGCUCCUUUGGAAGCAGAAUGACCUUGGUUUCAAACAGCCACUUGGGCUUGUUCAACCAGGAUAAAGAAACGGGUGCCAUCAAGCUAGAACUGGUCCCAGCCAGGCAGUUUUCCAGCAACAAGCCAUGCAAAAACUCCCCUGCAGAGCAAGAGGAUCCUGGGGAAAGUGUUGAAAAAAGGCUAAGCAUGCCGAGGAAAGCAGAGCCAAAGGGAGCAAGCAAAAGCUGUGCAAUGUCCCUGGUCACAGAGCCCACCAGUCCCAAGCUCCUCUAUGUAGACAGAGUCGUCCAAGAGAUUCUGGAGACAGAGAGGAUGUAUGUGCAGGAUCUAAAAAGCAUUGUGAAGGAUUACCUUGACUGUAUCACUGACCAGACCAAGCUUUCCCUGGGGACUGAAGAGCGAUCAGCCCUGUUUGGAAACAUACGGGAUAUCUACCAUUUCAACAGUGAACUUCUGCAAGAUUUAGAAAACUGUGAAAAUGAUCCUGUGGCUAUAGCAGACUGUUUUGUUUCCAAG